GAGGGCUUCUGGAACAGUUGGCGGAGAAACUGCAUCAUCCCCUCUAAUGAUCCAUUUCCGCCCCCAGGGAAUAAAGGCUCAGUGACGGCCAGUUCUGCUCUGGAGCUCACCUGCCUCUCUGAGCCCCCAGCCGACUGGCUUGUGCCUCCCCCAGGAUGGACACGUGGACGGUGCUGCUCGUCCUGCAAGCCUCGCUGGUGCUCCCCCUGGUGCUCCCCUGGGCUGCCGGCAUCAGUACCAACACCCGCACCGCCCCCGCCCCUGUCCUGCGCUUUGUUGCCGUGGGUGACUGGGGCGGGGUCCCCAAUGCCCCGUUCUACACAGCCCGGGAAAUGGCCAAUGCCAAGGAGAUUGCCAGGACCGUGCAGAUCCUGGGCGCAGACUUCAUCCUGUCCCUGGGGGACAAUUUCUACUUCACUGGCGUGCAGGAUGCCAAAGACAAGAGGUUCCAGGAAACCUUUGAGGAUGUGUUCUCUGCCUCCUCACUCCGCAACGUGCCCUGGUACGUGCUGGCUGGCAACCACGACCAUCUGGGGAACGUCUCGGCACAGAUAGCCUACUCCAGGAUCUCCAAGCGCUGGAACUUCCCCAGCCCUUACUACCGCCUGCGCUUCAAGAUCCCACGGUCCAACGUGUCCGUGGCCAUCUUCAUGCUGGACACGGUGACACUGUGUGGCAACUCGGACGACUUUGCCAGCCAGCAGCCCGAGAGGCCCCGCAACCUGGCGAUGGCCCGCACGCAGCUGGCCUGGAUCAAGAAGCAGCUGGCGGCGGCCAAGGAGGACUACGUGCUGGUGGCCGGCCACUACCCCGUGUGGUCCAUCGCCGAGCACGGGCCCACCCACUGCCUGGUCAAGCAGCUGCUGCCGCUGUUGACCACACACAAGGUCACCGCCUACCUGUGCGGCCAUGAUCACAACCUGCAGUACCUUCAGGAUGAGAACGGCGUGGGCUUCGUGCUGAGCGGGGCCGGGAACUUCAUGGACCCCUCGAAGAAGCACCUGCGCAAGGUCCCCAACGGCUACCUGCGCUUCCACUACGGGGCCGAGAACUCGCUGGGUGGCUUCGCCUACGUUGAGAUCAGCCCCAAAGAGAUGAGCAUCACUUACAUCGAGGCCUCGGGCAAGUCCCUCUUCAAGACCAAGUUGCCAAGGCAAGCCAAGUCUGAGCACCAGCACCGACGGGGGCUCCACGCUGGGGCCUGAGUUAGGGGCGCCUCCCAGCUGGUGGGUGAGUGGGUCCCGCUGGGACCCCCUGCCCAUGGGCAGGCUUUCUCAAGGGCCGGUGGUGCUACGGCAGAGCAGGAAGGAGAAGGACAGAUGAGAAACUGUGGUGCCACGUGGCCUUUGUGACAAGGAUGCCCAUAUACGUGAAAGAAGCAUGGACACGUGUUCCGGCCAGAGUGCCAGGCCCCUUGGCCGGGCUCGCCCAGCCUGAGUUCCGGGCAUUGGGGGACAGGGAGGGAAAGCCCUCCCCUGGAUCAGGCAUCCUUCUGUCACUGCCAAAUAGUCAAUAAAAAAAAAUAGUUGCAGAGGC